CAACACUGAAGCGGUUCAAUCACUGGCUGAAUCUCAAAUCACCUAAUAUAAAACAUGAAGUGCCCUGCGUAGAUUGUAAGCGCCUACUCAUUUAUCAACUUUCUAGGGCGCUUGAAUAGGGGAAGUUGAGCGCUAUUUGGAAUUGUGCCAAAAUGGCUGCGGUCGUGUCAGACGGAGUUUCAGCUCCUUUACCUGGAAGAUGCGCCUUUUACGUGGCGAAAAAGAAACGUUACUGCAAAAUGGUGGUUGGAAACGGAAAAAAGUUUUGCGGUGAACAUGGAAAUGCAGAUGCAGAUAGUGAGAGAAAACGGAUCCCCUGCCCUCUGGACCCAAAGCACACUGUGUUUGAAGACAGUUUGGCAAAACACCUGAAAAAGUGUAAUUCGAAGGAGAAGCCCAAACCUGUUUACUAUGUGAAAGACAUCAAUGCUGGGUCUGUAACUGAAGAGGAAAACACCAUAGAUGAGGUGGCCAUUGCUGAGCGAUCUAAAGAGGAGCUGGAUAGUUUUAUUCAGAAACUGAAGACUGCAUUGAAAGGAUUAAACACAGAACCUGACACUAGCCUUCUCUUUCAUCCGGCUUUAAACGAAGCUCUUAACGAUCCCAAGAAUGGGAACUUUGCUUUUAAACAUCUCAAGCAGCAGGCCUCGAUCCUGGGGAACAUGGAGGCUCUGGAGCUGCUCGGGUCAGAGAGGUGUUAUGUGGAGUUUGGUGCUGGAAAAGGUAAACUCUCCCACUGGAUUCACGUUGCCCUUCAGGAAGCCAAGAACGUCCACUUCCUGUUAGUGGAGAGGUCCAGUACUCGCUUUAAGGUAGAUGGCAAACACAAAAACACAGACUCGACAUUCGACAGGCUGCAGGUUGACAUUCAGCACCUCGACUUAAGCAGAGUGCCAUUUUUACAAGAAAAGCGACUUCCUGUAAUUGCAGUGGGCAAACACCUGUGUGGCGCAGCAACAGAUUUGGCUCUGCGAUGUUUAUUUGAACGCAGUGCAAAAGACAAAGACAGUGAGCCUCCCACUAAACGUAUAAAACUGCAAGAAGAAGAAGAAGGAGGUGAGGAGGCGAUGCUUGGGUCUGAGAGCAGCGAGGAGGUUGUGGUGUCGGGGCUCGCUGUUGCACUCUGCUGCCAUCAUCGCUGUGACUGGAGGCAUUAUGUAGGAAAGGACUUUUUCCGGGAGCGAGGUCUUGGAGCCACAGAGUUUUCAGCUUUCCAGCGCAUGUCCAGCUGGGCAACAUGUGGCAUGAGCAGAAUCAAAUCCUCCUUAAAUCCUGAGAAAUCAUCACAAGAGUACUUCAAAGAUGAAGAAGAAGAAGAGGGUGAACAUGAAGGGAGUUCUGAAAACAUACCUGAUCAUCUCAACAAUGCUGUUUCAGCAGAGGAGCGUGAGCACAUCGGACGCCUGUGCAAGACGCUGAUCAACCACGGCAGGCUGCAUUACCUCCAGCAGCGAGGCUUCAAAUCCAGCCUCAGAUACUACACCAGCCGAGACGUGUCUUUAGAGAACGUGCUUCUGACUGCGCUUCCCAGCUAAACACACAAACUCUUCAGACGCAGACACACAACAAAAAAUAGUGAUGAGUUCAUUUUUAGUUUUCUCUUUUAAGGACACAGUGGCAGCAGCAGAGAACAAAACAGCACUCACUAGUCCUAGACUAGAGAGGCGUAACACAUCUUUGCAGGACGUGCAGGACAGAUGGGACAGGACAGGUUCAUCAGGACAGGAGGCAAAAGCGACAGUAGCAGCCAGCAUGCAGGACUGAGUCACGCCACUUCCUCUAUCGUACCCUCCAGCGUCACAUUUAGCAUUGAUGUAUAAGUCUGGGAUCCUGAAACACAUUUUUGAUGGACAGCAGGUCAUUCACAGACUGUGCAGGUUUCUUUUUUUAUUAUUAUUUUAUUGAAAAAAAAAAAACUAUCCUAGCAUUUGUGUGCACAGUGCACAUUGAGUAUGGCAUAACCUCUUUUGCGGGCUUCAUGGAUGUAAUGGUGCAUAAAUUCUCGGCCGAACAUCUCUCUAUCAUUCUCCUCCUCUGCCACGUCCUCUUUUAGGUCGGGAAGAGUCACGUCGUAUGUCAGAGGGUUGUCUCUGAAAUUUACAAACCUGCCAAAAACAGUCUAUUAUUUUAAAAAUUCUGUCAAUCAAUAAAACGUGAAUUGGACAGUCUCUAUCCAGAAUAUGAAAGUGAAUUGUAUUUGCGUUUGGUCUGACUGCUGCUUUGUCUGAAACAUUUGAAAAAUGUAGUUUUUUGGGGGGUGUCACGUAUCACCAUGAUCGUCAAUGCAACAAAUAAACCAUACAUGUUGGCACAUCUGCAGUUAUAUAUUUAUAUAUUUUUCUGUUUUCUGCCAUCAUAUAAGAACGGUGUGUACCUGAGGUUGUUCAUGCCCUCCAUCAGUGGAGGAAUGUCUCUCAGCUUGUUCUUGCUGAGCACCAGCGUGUCCAGGUUGUGCAUGCGGCUGAUGUUAUCUGGCAGAUACUCCAGCUCAUUUCUCUGGAGCCACAGUGUGUGCAAAUUCUCCAUCCUGGAUCAAAUAGGAAAUAAAUUUU